AACAUGUUGGAAAAUUCAAGUACUGAACAUUGAGGGAGGGUGCAUAGAUGUUUUCAGACAAUAAUGAUCUGGUUUCUGAAUAAUUUUUAUCUCCAAGCACAUUGAAUGAUGAACUUGAAGCAUGUUCAUUGUUAAUUUGUUAUCAGUCAUUUUUUCCGAGGGCUUAUAGUCGCAGUUUUUAAAGCAAGGAAAUGGUACAUCACUUCCUGUUUGGUAAAGGUGGAAGCUUUAAUAUCUUAUGUGGGUGCCGCAAAGGUUUCAACUACCAGCAGAAGUUCAGCUUAGUGAAUAUAAAGCUAAAAUGGGUGAAAGAUAAGGAUCUGGAUGCUGUUGUGGAACGUGAGAAAGAUUUGAGAGCCGUGUGCAAUCUUGUUUCCAUCAUCUCCUCAUCUCCCAAUCAUUGCCUUCCCAUUUACUGUCUUUCCCGGCAUCGUGGCCAACUUGGUCUGCCCUGCAUUCUUAAGCUCUCCACAUUUCUGAGGAAGUUUCCUAAUAUAUUUUCUGAGUCUCAUGUUCUGGACAGUGGAGGCACUCGUGUUCCUUGCUUUGGAUUGACACCUGAGACGCUAAAUCUUCACCUUGAGGAACUUCAGGUUCUCCAGCUGAAUCAGAUGGAUCUCCUUGAUAGACUUUGUAAACUGCUUAUGCUUGUGAAGGAGAGGAUGCUUCCUCUGCAAACCAUUGACCAGCUGAAAUGGGACAUGGGGUUGCCAUAUAAUUAUUACGAUUCCUUGAUUAAACAUUACCCUCAGCUAUUCUCAUUGGUAGUCUUACCCGAUAAUCGUGUUGGCUUAAAGCUCUUAUUCUGGCAUGAUGGUCUUGCUGUCUCGCAGUUGCAGAAGAAUGCUGCUUUACAACAAGAGAACAAGAAUGAUUGUUUGCCCUUCCCAGUUAGAUUUACAAGAGGUUUUGGGUUGAAAAAGAAAUGUAUGGACUGGUUAAAGGAGUGGCAAAGCCUCCCUUACACUUCACCUUAUGUGGAUGCAUCACAUUUGGAUUCACGAACUGAUGUGUCUGAGAAGAGAAUUGUUGGGGUGUUCCAUGAGCUUUUCCAUCUCACCAUCCAGAAAAAAACAGAGCGUAAGAAUGUGAGUAAUCUUCGUAAGCCUCUGUCCCUCCCUCAGAAGUUCACGAAGGUGUUUGAGCGCCACCCUGGAAUUUUUUACAUUUCCAUGAAAUGUGAUACUCAGACCAUUAUCCUCAGGGAAGCCUAUGAAAGACAAAAACUCUUGCAAAAACACCCUCUUGUUGAUGUCAGGGAAAGAUUUGCUGACAUGAUGACAAAAGGAUUUCUGGAUAGGAGUAGGGGUUUAUACAAGAGAGGUACCACUGAGCUACAGGAUAUAAAGGUGUGUUAUCUUGAUCAACUCGAGCAGUAGCCCUGAAUGUCAACUAGUAAAUUGUUUAUUGAUACUUAGAGACACUCCUAAUGGACCUAACUUUCCUCAUCGUGUUUCAGUCAUCCUGAACACUAAAGUGCAUGUUAUCGGUCAUUUACAAUUGAGUUUCAGAGACCAGGCACUUAUUGUUUCAUUGAAGUAAUUUUGUUGCAAAGGGAUGCUUAAAGAUUUAACAAGAUCAUCAGAACUUCAAUCAGAAAGAAUUGACCAGACCAUCAAUGUAUUAAGAAAAGAGAAGAAAACUGGCUGCUUCGAAAAUUCAGGAGGUAACCUGCAUUACUGGAUAUAGUGAAGUACUGUAAAUGGCAAUAUUUGACUAAUACUUUCCAGACAGUAUCCAGAAAGGGAAAA